AUGACGGUGUCGGCGGCGGAUGAGGCCGGUGUCAUCGCAGGCGACGUCUCCCUCCCUCUCGCUCCCUCCUCCUCGGCCUGCUCGCCGCAGCUGCUCUCCUCCCCGGCCGCCGCGCGCGCUAUCUCCUGCUCCUACACCCAGCGUCUCUCCAUCCAGGUGUAUUUAUCCGUGGACGCCGUGGCAGCCGCGGGGUCCCCCGGCGCUAGAGCGACGCCGCUAUCGUACCCGCGCCCACCCCGGACCGCGACACGCCGGACCACCGCGCCCUGGACCCCGCACGUCGGCAGGCGAGGGGUUCUUUCGGCGCCUCGUGCAGGUCGCGGUCCGGCAGGAGGGGCGGCGAGGGCCGCGAGGGGAGGAGGAGGUCCACGUCACGGCGCCGAGCUGGAAGGCGCGCCCGCCCUUUCCAGGGUGUGGGCCGUGACAGCUGGCGACGCCGGGAAGGGGGGCCCCGUCAGGAAGCGAGUGGAGGGGAGCGGCGGCGGCGGCGGCGGCGGCGGCGGCGGCGGGUGGGACUCGGUGCAGACCCCAAUUGACAAGCCACUCAUCAGUCAUCACCAAUCGCCCCUAUCAGGCUAUCCUUGA